CUUGGCAGAUUUUGUCAGAUGUCAGAAUAAGGCGUAAGUUGAGGACAACAAAGCACAAUCUUGUCAGCUGAGGCCAUGCAUCCAGACAUCUCCAGUAUGGACCACAGUUCAUCCUUACCCCUGACCACUGGGAGCAUGGGGCUCUCCCUUCUCAACAGCUACCAUCCUCAGCUACAUCUCAGGGAGGAAGCAGCUUUCUCAUUGGACCAUUCAAACCCAACGGUGAACUAUAAUGGUGACGCCGAAGACAUGAUAGAGACCAUUGUUAUCGAGGUCUUCAAGUGUAAGGAGUGUAGAUUUUACACUUCAGAGAAAAUCACAGUGCUAGAACAUGUCAGACAGGUGCACUGUGGGAGGAGCAUGCAACAGGUUGGUUCUCCUGAAGGGUCAGAGGUCAAUUCUGACAUAGACUGUAAUCCCAUGGACUUGUCUGCAAAAACACAUGCAGCUGACAAGACAAGGGAUGAGGCAUCAACACACUCUACAUCUGUGCAGAAUAACUCCAGCAUCACAAGUCAUGUGUCCACAAUACAAGGAAAACGUUUACAGUUACAGGGAGAGGUGUCCAGGGUAUCGGAAGAACCAAAAAUCUCACUACCUGGGUUUCUUGAUGUCAAGGUCAAGAAGGAGAAGGAAGACUGCUCUUCACCCUGUGGCUGUAUGCAAACCUCCCAGGAUGGGUGCUCAAAAGCGGGCCUACAGACUCUUCAAAAUGAUACAAUCCCAGCUGUUAACAGACCGACUAGUAUCAACGGGAGUCUUCGCAGCAUUAAGACUGAGCCUCAGGAUGAAAUGGAGCUGUGUCGGAUAGAAAAGUGGCCCUUUGUCUCGUACCAGCCUGUUAGGAAGGAUGUUGCCAUGUCCCCUACCCAGCCACUCUCAGGGAAACAGAGCCCAACAGACAGUGAACCACAGAUGAGUCCUGACUCUUCACAGGACCAGACAGGGAGGGUUCACUUAUCAUCUCCAGAGAGGGAUGGGAAAUAUUCUCCCCACUACCACAGUAGUGAACAUUCGGGGAACGACUCUGAAGUGGACGUUCCCUCGUCGGAGGAAGACAUGGAUGUGUUCUGUGUCGCGGGAAACAGCGGUGUCAUCCCGGGCCUCCCUGCGCGUCUGGAGACCAUGUCGGAGAGCGGCCUGCCCCAGCUCAACCCGGUUCUACGUAGGGAGCUGGAGAAACAUCACGGCAUGGCCGCCCUUCGCACCAGGGAGGGGUUCGUCAAGAAGAUCCACCUGAUGCACAUGGUGCAGAAGGACGCCAGCAAGGGGGGCGACUCCGACGACGUCGUGCCCAGGAUCGCCAGGACUGUUUCCAUGGCAACAGAUGCAGCUAUGGAGGAGAGCCAAGCCGACACCCAGCAGACUGACAGUGGAGAGUGGCUGACUAAGGAGACGUCGUGGAUUGAAUACAAGUGCCCCAAAUGUGAUCGAAGAUCCUUCAAGACUGCUGAAGAUCUUGACUUCCACCUGAAGUGUCACUCUGAUCAAGGAGGGUACAAGUGUAUCUACUGUGGCCAUGCUACCAACAUCUGGAGCACCCUGAAACAGCACGUGUACAGUAAACACUGUCUCGACAAACCCUUCAAGUGCCAGCAUUGUAGCUACCAGGCUGCCAGCAAGCAGCUGCUGAAGGCACACAGACUGCGCCACUUGUCGGUAGGGGGUGACAGGGUGUCCAAGGACUACACCUGCUCCAUCUGUAACUUCACCUGCAGCUGGGGACCAGGCUUCUUACAACACAUGAAGGUACAUGGUGGGCUAAAGAGUUGCUUCCACUGCGGGUUUGUGACGUCCAACUCUGCAGUACUGUACCGACACAUUGUCAAGAACCACAACUCCAGCAAAGCCGACAAGUCUCCCCUCACCCCCAGCAAUGCCAAUCUGCUUGCCCUACACACCAACAAGCCUGGUAAGGAGUCCGCCUCAGAGACGACGAAGGUCGGUCCCGGGUGUAAGAACGUGAUCAGGUACAGCAAGUACAUCUGCCAGAUCUGUGGGGAUUCCUAUGAAGGACAGCAGGAGCUGAUACAGCAUGUGGUGACCAGCCACCCUGGGAAGCAGCUGUUGUUCUGUGAGCAGUGCAAGUACACCACGCGGCGCAGGGAUCACAUGGAGAAACACCUGCAGUCGGGUGUGACGGCAGAGGUCGCGGACGUAGGGUGCGCCAUGAAGUGUAAACUGUGCGGGCGCAUCGACCAGGACCGUGACGCGAUGGAGGCCCACAUUCGCACCGCACACCUGUCUGAACUGCAGAGUGUGGAGGCACUCAUUCAGGGUGCCAACACUGCCUCUAAUAAUCCAGAUAUCACCACACAGGAGAACAUUGAUGGAGAAACUGCAACAAGCUCUACCACCUCAUACACAAGUGGAAAUACAACAUCGACAUCUCCGAGUCUUGUGACAGCGUCCCCCGAGGAUGCCUACCAGUCGCUGCAGGUGACAGCGUCAAGAGAGACGGGAAACGGAGGUACGCUCAUGACCUUUCGCUCCGCCAAACCUACCCCGCCUGCCCUGACACCCGUGAUCGGCGGCAUGCCAUACUACAGCGUACAGCUACGGGACAGGUCCAACUCUGAAACAGGAAACGACUUUCACGGGUUUCUAAAGUUCAAGGUCAACAAGGAGACUAAGCAGAGGCUGAAGCAGGCAGCCAAGACACGGCAGAAGGAACAGCCAGAAGACUUUGCAAAUAUGCAAAUGAAGUUCAAGUUGCAAGGUGCAGGUCAUAGAAGGAGAGGUCGAAAGCCGGGUCAGGGCUUCCAAAAGCUUGUUCAGGAGGAUCUAUUUUGAGUUGUAGGAUCUGAAUUAUCAGAAAAUGCUUCUCCUUAAUAUGUAGUUAUCAGGGUUUUCUUUCCUGGGCAGUCAGGAGAAAAUUGCUAUAACAUUGUGGCAAUAUCUACAUAGUUAAAUCUAUAACAAUGUACAUGUAUGCAGUGACUAUAGGUUUUCAGAAUUGGUGCUCUCCAUAUUGUAAACUUUCUUGUAUAUGUAUGUCAGAUAAGCAAAUUUGCAAUCUAUGCAUGUGACAAUGCAGAUUCAAAGGUGGGAAAAGUAAGAUGAUAUUUUGUUGCAUUCAGUAUUACCUCAGCUAGCUUUGUUUUGUGCCACAACAUGACGGGUAUCUUGCUAUCAGACUGUGGAAACGUUGUUGCAGAGUCAACACAGUGUACUACGUAGUCAAGAGAAACUGAAGACCACCAAGUGUUGAUUGACUCUUUGAAGAGUUGCUUGAUGUACAAAUAUCCACUGCCCAAAUAGGUCUUUUUGUUUUAAAUCAUGGAUUUGAAAUUUUUUAGUUAACAUGUCACAUUUUGCUGGAGAAUUUAUAGAUUUAUUUUAUUAGAUAGAUAUUAUUUUUUUAGAUAGCAUGUGGAAAUAUUAGUUAACAACAAGAACUGACUGUACAUAACACAGUAUUCUAGUGUUUCUUCUUCUCAGACUAAUGUUUGACUCCAUGGGAUGUCAAAUAUUCACACAAAUGUUUUUGUAGGAAAUGCAAUAAAAAUGGUGUCCCUGUAAUAUAUACAUGUAAGUCAGGAGAAUAUUUAUUGCUUUUAAGUGUGCAACAAUUUGUGCCUCUUGAAUAAAAAGAAGAGAAUAAAAUAUAACUACACUCUAUUCAUGUCUAGAGUAUUCUCAUGUGUACUGAUAUUUACCUGUAGACUUAGUUGAAUGCUUACCUAAGUUGAAUGCUUUAAUUAAGGACAAAUGAAAUAGAGACUGCUGCUACAAAUGUAGGUGAGAUAAAUGAAACACACAAAAGUUAUUUCAAUUGGCCAACUGUCUUGUAAUCUUUCCAGCAAUUAUGUCAACUUCAGCAACCAAUCUUUACACUACUCUAAUAUUAACAUUCCUUCAGGCUUGCAAGCAAAGCCAGCUUGUAACUUGUACAAGAUAUCAGAAGUAGCUUAUCCAAAGCUACUCGAUGGCUACAAAAUAUCGUCAAUCUUUGAGACACACUACAAUCACGACAGCAGCUAGGUUAGACAGGUUAUAAAACAAUUAACAGGUCAUCUGUGUCUUUCCCCUCCUUAAAUAUGGUAUGACUAUGAUCCGAAUCUAGAGUCAAAGUGUUACAAUGUUUCCCCUAAACACUACAGCCUUUACAUGUAGCGUGCAGGUUUGGGUUCAGAAACCAUGAACGGGUGGACAAGAUUCAAACCUACAACCCUGUAAUCCAAAGCUAGAACUGGUAGUUACUCCACUACUAUACUCCAAAGGAAACGGUAACUGAAAAGGUACAUGACAUUGUAUGCUAUUAUGGCUGUGAUACCAAGGAUUAAGAUAAUCAACAGUUUGUGGUUCUCCCUAGUUGCAAGGCCUACAACAAUACAAUAUAUCACAUUGGGAGGUUAUUAUCCAUCCAUAUCUGUGAUUAUUUUAUGGCUAAACAAUACUUGAGAAGAUAAAUACUCUGAUGAAAUAAAUCUCUGUACAACAACAGUUACUCUCUUAACAGAAAUGUUAAAUAACACA